CACUUGCACGCCCCCACCUCCUUCUUCUCGCCGUCGCCCGCUUCGCUCCCUCUCCCAGACUUUUCUUCCGAACAAUCAGGGACUUGUGCUGGCGGCCGAAGGAGCCACGGAGCUGGCUGGCCGCGGAGGAGGCGACGUCAUGGAUUCCUGAGUGUGAAGUUUGCAGGAAAGCCCUUAGUUUUGGAGAUGGACGGGAUCCAGUGGUUUCCAUGGCGCUGGAUAAACAGGAGGAAACAGUGAGGGAAUCCCGUUAUUUUACUGCAUUGAAAGCCUAUAAACACGGAGCGCGGGGAAGGAAGUCGCGUUGCCUCUGGAGUAAGCGGGAUCGCGGAGCCGCGCCGACUCCGCCGAGCCGGGAGCCGGGAGGCGCGCAGCUCCCGGGUCGCUCCGAGGCUCCUCGGCCAGGGCAGCCCCGCGGGCACGCGGUAGAGAAGACGGCGUCCCCUCGGCUGCUGGUCGAUACAAACAGAUCCCCCUUUCCAAACACGCGCCAAGCCCCCGUGCCCUCCAGAUGCAGAGAGAGGCUGCGUUCAGACUGGGGCACUGCCAUCCCCUCCGCAUCAUGGGGUCUGUGGACCAAGAAGAGCCGAAUGCACAUAAGGUCGCCAGCCCACCCUCCGGACCCGCAUACCCCGAUGAUGUCCUGGACUAUGGCCUCAAGCCAUACAGCCCCCUUGCUAGUCUCUCUGGCGAGCCCCCCGGCCGAUUCGGAGAGCCGGAUAGGGUAGGGCCGCAGAACUUUCUGAGCGCGGCCAAGCCAGCAGGGGCCUCGGGCCUGAGCCCUCGGAUCGAGAUCACUCCGUCCCACGAACUGAUCCAGGCAGUGGGGCCCCUCCGCAUGAGAGACGCGGGCCUCCUGGUGGAGCAGCCGCCCCUGGCCGGGGUGGCCGCCAGCCCGAGGUUCACCCUGCCCGUGCCCGGCUUCGAGGGCUACCGCGAGCCGCUUUGCUUGAGCCCCGCUAGCAGCGGCUCCUCUGCCAGCUUCAUUUCCGACACCUUCUCCCCCUACACCUCGCCCUGCGUCUCGCCCAAUAACGGCGGGCCCGACGACCUGUGUCCGCAGUUUCAAAACAUCCCUGCUCAUUAUUCCCCCAGAACCUCGCCAAUAAUGUCACCUCGAACCAGCCUCGCCGAGGACAGCUGCCUGGGCCGCCACUCGCCCGUGCCCCGUCCGGCCUCCCGCUCCUCGUCGCCUGGUGCCAAGCGGAGGCAUUCGUGCGCCGAGGCCUUGGUUGCCCUGCCGCCCGGAGCCUCACCCCAGCGCUCCCGGAGCCCCUCGCCGCAGCCCUCAUCUCACGUGGCACCCCAGGACCACGGCGCCCCGGCUGGGUACCCCCCUGUGGCUGGCUCUGCCGUGAUCAUGGAUGCCCUGAACAGCCUCGCCACGGACUCGCCUUGUGGGAUCCCCCCCAAGAUGUGGAAGACCAGCCCUGACCCCUCGCCGGUGUCUGCCGCCCCAUCCAAGGCCGGCCUGCCUCGCCACAUCUACCCGGCCGUGGAGUUCCUGGGACCCUGUGAGCAGGGGGAGAGGAGAAACUCGGCUCCCGAAUCCAUCCUGCUGGUUCCGCCCACUUGGCCCAAGCCUCUGGUGCCUGCCAUUCCCAUCUGCAGCAUCCCAGUGACUGCAUCCCUCCCUCCACUUGAGUGGCCGCUGUCCAGUCAGUCAGGCUCUUAUGAGCUGCGGAUCGAGGUGCAGCCCAAGCCACAUCACCGGGCCCACUAUGAGACAGAAGGCAGCCGAGGGGCUGUCAAAGCUCCAACUGGAGGCCACCCUGUGGUUCAGCUCCAUGGCUACAUGGAAAACAAGCCUCUGGGACUUCAGAUCUUCAUUGGGACAGCUGAUGAGAGGAUCCUUAAGCCACACGCCUUCUACCAGGUGCACCGAAUCACAGGGAAAACUGUCACCACCACCAGCUAUGAGAAGAUAGUGGGCAACACCAAAGUCCUGGAGAUCCCCUUGGAGCCCAAAAACAACAUGAGGGCAACCAUCGACUGUGCGGGGAUCUUGAAGCUUAGAAAUGCCGACAUUGAGCUGCGGAAAGGCGAGACGGACAUUGGAAGAAAGAACACGCGGGUGAGGCUGGUUUUCCGAGUUCACAUCCCAGAGUCCAGUGGCAGAAUCGUCUCUUUACAGACUGCAUCUAACCCCAUCGAGUGCUCCCAGCGAUCUGCUCACGAGUUGCCCAUGGUUGAAAGACAAGACACGGACAGCUGCCUGGUCUAUGGCGGCCAGCAAAUGAUCCUCACGGGGCAGAACUUUACGGCCGAGUCCAAAGUUGUGUUUACUGAGAAGACCACAGAUGGGCAGCAAAUUUGGGAGAUGGAAGCCACGGUGGAUAAGGACAAGAGCCAGCCCAACAUGCUUUUUGUUGAGAUCCCUGAAUAUCGGAACAAGCACAUCCGCACACCUGUAAAAGUGAACUUCUACGUCAUCAAUGGGAAGAGAAAACGAAGUCAGCCUCAGCACUUUACCUACCACCCAGUCCCAGCCAUCAAGACGGAGCCCACGGAUGAAUAUGACCCCACUCUGAUCUGCAGCCCCACCCACGGAGGCCUGGGGAGCCAGCCUUACUACCCCCAGCACCCGAUGGUGGCCGAGUCCCCCUCCUGCCUCGUGGCCACCAUGGCUCCCUGCCAGCAGUUCCGCACGGGGCUCUCAUCCCCUGACGCCCGCUACCAGCAACAGAACCCAGCGGCCGUACUCUACCAGCGGAGCAAGAGCCUGAGCCCCAGCCUGCUGGGCUAUCAGCAGCCGGCCCUCAUGGCCGCCCCGCUGUCCCUUGCGGACGCUCACCGCUCUGUGCUGGUGCACGCUGGCUCCCAGGGCCAGAGCUCAGCCCUGCUCCACCCCUCUCCAACCAACCAGCAGGCCUCGCCUGUGAUCCACUACUCACCCACCAACCAGCAGCUGCGCUGCGGAAGCCACCAGGAGUUCCAGCACAUCAUGUACUGCGAGAAUUUCGCACCAGGCACCACCAGGCCUGGCCCGCCCCCGGUCAGUCAAGGUCAGAGGCUGAGCCCGGGUUCCUACCCCACAGUCAUUCAGCAGCAGAAUGCCACGAGCCAAAGAGCCGCCAAAAACGGACCCCCGGUCAGUGACCAAAAGGAAGUAUUACCUGCGGGGGUGACCAUUAAACAGGAGCAGAACUUGGACCAGACCUACUUGGAUGAUGUUAAUGAAAUUAUCAGGAAGGAGUUUUCAGGACCUCCUGCCAGAAAUCAGACGUAAAAGAAGCCAUUAUAGCAAGACACCUUCUGUAUCUGACCCCUCGGAGCCCUCCACAGCCCCUCACCUUCUGUCUCCUUUCAUGUUCAUCUCCCAGCCCGGAGUCCACACGCGGAUCAAUGCAUGGGCACUAAGCAGACUCUCACUUAAGGAGCUCGCCACCUCCCUCUAAACACCAGAGAGAACUCUUCUUUUCGGUUUAUGUUUUAAAUCCCAGAGAGCAUCCUGGUUGAUCUUAAUGGUGUUCCAUCCAAAUAUUAAGCGCCUGCUGACCAAAAGCACAUUCUGCACGAGACAGGACACUGGAACUCGCCUGAGAACAGAGUGACUGGAGCUUGGGGGGAUGGGUGGGGGACAGAAGAUGUGGGCGCUGUGAUUAAACCCCAGCCCUUGCGUUCGUUUUUCCAGGUCGCAGAUACAGCUCCUGUACCUUUUGAAGGAAAGGAGUUCUCAGAGCAACCAAAGGAACGUGACCCAAGCGCCCAGCUUACAGGCUGAAGAAACCCAAAACCCUCGAUAGAGACAGAAACUGAACUGUCAGUCCUUAGAGCUCGCCCAGUCCAUGCCACAACUGGGCCACAGCUAAAGCUUUAUUUUUGAAUUCUCAUUCCAAAACCAAACUGUCUUGCCCAGACAAGAUCACCUGUUAAGACUUCUUGGCGUUAAGUUAUGACAUGUAUACGCGUUUGUUAUUAUUUUUUUUCUGCUUUAAAAGGCUGGCCAGGGCACCUAGCACUGGAGCUGUCUUGGCGAGCUGUUCUUUAACCCCUGCAGCACGCAGUCCUGCUAACACAAUUUCCAUAGACUUGGGGGGCUGACCCAGGCUGCAGAGAGCAAGCACCUGUCUGCUGCAGCUGUACAACCUGGAUGCUUUGCAAGGUUCCGGCUUGCUUUCUUCCUAGCAGCCAGAGUGCUUUUCCGUAACGCAGUGAAGAAUCUCAAGCAUGUGCAUUUAAUUGAGGAAUAGCAGAAGGGCUAAAGCAACCAAGAAAAGAAGUGCGGGUAUUUUUGUUAAGGAAAACAACCCAAGUGCUUCUGGAGGUGGGUUUCUACCAAGAUAGAGGAAAAGGGCUGAAUUCCCUCUAACCUAAAUUCAAAGUGGGACAGUCAAGCUCAGGAUGUGCUUCCCAGCUUCACUGGUUAAUUUGACCUGAACCUAUUUAAAGAUCUCUUCUGCCCCUGAAGACCUAUCCGCACUAGAAUUCUAACAUGAAGAAAUCUACUCGAAUGCAUCCUUUACUUUGAAUGAGCUCUGUUCAGACCAGUUGCAUGUUAUAUGUGAUUUCCUUCCUCCCAACUGUUUCCACUGAGCGCACCCACAGUCUCCCCUAGUCUUCCUCUGUGGGUGUGAUUUUUGUGAUUUUUACAAACAAAACCCUUGAAGUUCUUGGCAGAUGUGUUUCUGUUUGUUUGCAUGUACUGCAGAUACCCCAGGACAAGCGGGGGAUUCAUUUUUCAGCCAUUCAGUUGUUUCCUCAAUAAUCCGCAACAAAGUGAAAAUAUUCUUAGCACUCAGACUGUACUUAGAGUGUUUCCUCAGUCCAGUCUGUACAGUCUGUAGGCAGAAGGCCUCAGAAGAAAGUCAUGGCCACUCAGUACCCACUGUGGGCUUUGUAAGUCCUGGCUGUCCCGUCAAGGUUACCCAGAGGUAAAAGCUGCCUGGGAGUGGGGCCAGGUGUGUUUGGCACUCCAGAUAGAAGACAAAAUGCUCAAAUUCGGGCCUGUGCACUUGUAUGCAACCUGUCGGUCAAUACCUAGCAUUUAUUUUUCCCUAACAAUGAACGACCUUUCCCUCACCCACCCUGAGCUCAAAGAGUUUAGCAAAAUUCUCUUUUAAAUAAACAGAAUGCCAGUAAGAGGUUGACCCCUACCAUAGAACUUCUGGGAUGCUAAAUACUUCCUCACGAACAAAAUAAGUUCCUUAUACUAGCAACUUCCUCACAAACAAAAUAAGUUCCUUAUACUAGCAGCUUCACCUAAAGAAUUUUCUCUCCAGCAAUAUUGACUUCACUGGGGAAAAGCCAGGAGUGUGUGGUGAGUGAUUUGUUCUCACUUGACCUGGCUAGGACUGGCUAGGAGCCAUUUUUUGUACAUGAGGGAAUUUGGGCUUUCCUCAGUUAUCUGAAUGUUUUACCCAAGUGCCUUCCUGCUAUUGUAGCAAAGUAGCUCAGCUUCCUUGUCCACAGGGUGAAAAAGGACUAAUGCAUUUUCCAUCAGUUUUCUAACUAUGUUAGCAAAAAGGGCCUCCUGGUAGCUCAACCUCCUGUACGCAUGUGUGUGUGUAAUACACACACAAACCCCUCUGUUUUUCUAAGACAUCUUAGCUGGAUAUUAUAGGAAGCACUUUCAUAAACAACUGUAACAAAUCGCAAAGGAAAGAGAAACAAAAGCAUUAGAUUUGAGACAUAAACAGGCAAGAGAAAGUGUAUUAGGAACUGACAGCUAUCAAGGAAGUUUUGUCAGUUACAAAUGCUAGGAGGAAAUUUUGCCAGGAAGGAUGGCUCAUGAAAUAUUUCCAGUAUGGGAAGAGGCAAUAAGAUCCUCUAAGAGAAUGAGAAAGUAGGGGUAUCUAAAUGGUAAAGAUGGGUGUGUUGCACGUGUGUUAGAAGGAUCUCAGUUAAGUGAAGGUUUGCACUGCUACAUCUAAGUUAAUGUAAAUAUGUAGCACUCUGACAGGUCUACCAUGUUGCUGAAUGUAGUAUAUUUCCAAAGUUUGCAAGUCUUCCUGUAUUGUACAAAAAUGCUGCUGCUUGAUAAUAUGUAUAGCAAUCCAGAUUAGUAUGUUAUUAAAUUUUAUUUUCUUACCUGUA